AUGUCAUCAAUUGUUGACGAAACUCCUGCGGACUCGCACAGUCUGGACAGUGACAAGAAAUGGAGCUUGCAACCCUUGAUCCGCAAGGCCGAGCGUUCCCAUAGUCGAAUGCCAGGAAUUCGCAAAAUUCCUCUUCGGGCCAUCGCGAUCAUCAUUCUGAUUGCCUUUUUGAAUAUCAUCGUAUGGGUCGCCGCUGCGAUUGUGCUGCACUUUCAUCCAGCCAUGAUUUCGACUGCAGCUCUCGCAUACUCUCUCGGCUUAAGACAUGCUUUCGAUGCAGAUCAUAUUUCCGCCAUUGAUCUGAUGACACGACGAUUAUUGGCGACUGGCCAAAAGCCCGUCACUGUGGGAACAUUCUUUUCCCUUGGGCAUUCCACAAUCGUAAUCAUCACGUCCAUUGUAGUCGCAGCUACCGCCGCUGCAGUCUCGGACAAAUUCGACAGUUUCAGCAAAAUUGGCGGCAUUAUCGGUAGCUCCGUCAGCGCAGCAUUCCUGAUACUACUUGGUCUCAUGAAUGUCUAUAUUCUGUUCAAAUUAAUCAAGCAGAUGCAAAAGGUCUUCAACUUACCGGAAGGACAAGAAGACGAGGCUUGGAAGAUCGAGGGUGGAGGGCCACUGUUCUCCAUCUUGAAGAAGAUGUUCAAAUUGAUUGACCGUCCUUGGAAAAUGUAUCCUCUCGGUAUUUUGUUCGGACUUGGGUUUGACACUUCAUCUGAGAUUGCGUUGCUUGGUAUCUCAUCCAUCGAGGCUGCCAAGGGAACAUCGUUCUGGGUGAUCUUGAUUCUACCUGCAUUAUUUACCGCUGGAAUGUGUCUCUUGGAUACCGUUGAUGGAGCUCUUAUGUUCUCUUUGUACAUUCAACCUGCUCAGAACUUCCUAUCCCAGAAGGCCGCCACUGAAGUUCUUGAAACAUCUUCGGAUAUUGACGAUGACGAAUUGCCCCAGUCCAGAGACAAUCACCGAGAUCCUGUGGCGUUCUUAUACUACUCGAUUGUAUUAACCAUUCUGACCGUUAUCGUUGCCAUCGUUAUUGGUGUGAUCCAGCUCCUGACCAUGAUCCUCAAUGUCACCGAUGCCACCGGAAAGUUCUGGGACGGCGUGCAAAUAGCCGGCGAUUAUUAUGAUGCCAUCGGUGGUGGUAUCUGCGGGUGCUUUAUAAUAUUUGGAGGAUUGAGCGUUGUGGUGUAUAAGCCGUGGCGGAGAUGGAUGGACCAACGCUACGGGCGCUCUACCGUGACAGGUACCGAGAGAUCCCAAGAUGAGGAACCUGAAACCGGAGAAGACGAUGUGUAUGAGCGUGGACAAACCACUGUUAUCACCAAGGGGGACUCUACUCGUGUCACGGCUACUGAAGGGCGACGGAUCGAAGAGGAGAUCGUCUAG